AUGAUAGUUGGUGUUGCCUUUGGAAUGUCAAGAUUGAAUGGAAUGACGCUGGAGAUUGAGUUGAUGGUGACGUUGACUGGCAAGGACGCUGGAGGUGAUGGAAUUGGAAGGGUACAAGUCAAUCCACCGCCUUUGAUCUCGUUCUUGAUGCCAGUGCAAGGUACCGAUCCAAUAGUGAUCUACACUGGAUAG